UAUAUAUAUUCCAUGCUUUAAACAAAAUAUUAAAAGUUAUCUUUAAUGUCAUUGAAAUAUUCAGAAAGCAUUGAUACAUCAAAGCUUUCAUUUAGAAAUGUAGAUGGAAAGAAAUUAGGAUUAAGCGAAGGCUGUACAAGCCCUAACUUUAAAUCCUACGGUGUUAUAAAAUUUAUAUUAUACAAUGACGAACCAGUAAAUGUUGUUAUUUCCAGCAUUUUACUUGUUUGUAUAACGUUAUUAUCGUGGAUAACAUUUGAUAGUAUUAUACCUUUUCUUAUAUCAAUUCUAUCUUUAAUAUUGUAUGUUAAAAAUUACCUUACUUCAACAAACAAGGAUAUAUUAUUGGUAGUACCAUCAAUUGGUAUACACAUAACUAUAGAGAAAAGAUUCUCUAGUUUUAACUUGUACACGUUCUUACCUUGGGAUACUAUUGAAGAUUUAUUUAUCAACGAAGUCAUUAUAAGACAAAGAGUUUUAUAUUAUUUAACAUUCAUAGUAAAGGAAUCAGUCAAUGGUAGAAAUCAGAUAAAAUUGGUUCCUUUAUUUGAAAAUCUAUUGCCAGAGAGAAAAUGCUUGGAGUACAUAUACGUAAAAUUAAAGAAUUUGAUUUGCUCGGGCAACACGAGGAAUCUAAACUAACUGUACCUGGAUCUUAUUGGCUAUGUCAUAGAAAUAAAAUUUAUAAAUUUACUUUUAUGUAUCAUCGUACGAUGAGAGAUAUUAAGGAAUUCAUUUAUGGAAAAGAAUUAAUGAAAGUUAUUAGAAGAAUUAUUAAAAAUCAACCAUCACUAGGACAACAAUUUGUUACCAAAAAUAUUCUCGUUAUUUACAAUCAUACAUCGUGGACUCGUCAAGAUAAAAUGUUUGCAACUCUUAAAUUUAAGAAUCGUGAUGGAGCUUCUAUAGUUUCACCAGCAAUUGUAUUAACCAUUAAAAUUAUCGAUGAUGAAAUUUACGAAUCGAGAAAACUCAAUGGAAAUAAAAUACAAUAUAUAGAUAGCGAAAGUAAAACGGAAAGAGUAAAUUCAAAUGGUUAUAAAUUAAAAGUCAAUGCUACGGAUACGAAUAAACAUAUAAAUCAUUCAAAUAUAAAUGAUGAUAGAAAUGAUUUAGCUUUGUCGAACAUAAAUAAUGAAAAUACUACGAAUGAUAAGACAAAAAUACAAAAUACAAUCAAAUGUAACGAUAGUAAAUUAUCUAAUAAUAUUUCGACUAGCGAAUGUGUUGUUAACAUUGAAAACAAAGAUGUAAAUAAAACAAAUAAUUGUUCGAUAACAAAUAAGACAAAAACAAGAGAUAAGAAUGAAUUUAAUGAUAAUACUAUAACACAAGAAAGUAGUAUAAUUAAUUCAAACGAUGAAGGUAUUAUAGAUUCCGCUAACUUACCAUAUCAAUAUUUAAUAGAAAAAGAAAUAGAAAGUGCAAAGAAGAAAAUAAUUAAAUGUCCAUCAUCGAAUACAAUAGAUGAAGAAUCAACCAUAGAUUCUACAAUCAAGUCUGAAGAUAAAUAUAUUCAAAAUAUAACUAAAGUAAAAACGGAAAAUUUCAAGAAUUGUACAAAAAAUCAAGUUCCUGAAAUGGCACAAAAUAAUGAAGAACAAUGUACAAAAGAAGAACUUUCAAUUGAUUCAACAAAAUUAUUCAACACUUACAAGAAUCCAAUUAAAGAUCAGAAUAAUAAAUUUAAAAAAUGUAAAGAAUCUGAAAAAAAGAUGGACGAUAAUGUAAUCAAAUCUUCUAACAUUACUGAUUUAAUAAUGAAAGGUCGUAUGCUUAUGAUUCAACAGGAUCAAGAUAGUGUAUCGGUUGUAGAACGAAAAACAAAAUUGGAUACAGAUGAAGUAUUAGAAAAUUCGGAAAAAUUUGAAACUAAAGAUGGAGAAAAGUGUUUGGUAAAUUCUAGUUUAUUGAAAUUAAAAAAUUUAGUAAAGAUGAUUAAAAUGCCUAAAGAAGAGACUAUUAAAAAUAAUGAUGAUAGUAAAAGUACAGUACACAAUACAAAUAAUAAUAAUAAUAAUAAUAAUAAUAAUAAUAAUAAUAAUGUAUCAUUGGAUAAUAAUGAAUGUAUGGACACAAAGAUUAAUACAAUGCAUCCGUCCAUGUUUAUGUUUAAUUUACAAGAUAUUCCUACAUCGAGCAAAUCAUGUUUACAGUACGAUGAUGAACACAAAUCAAAUAUGAACAAUAUUAAAAUGAAAGAAAAUAAUGUUUCUUUUAAAAUACAAUCCUCUAAUAACGAAUCUGACAAUGAUUUUAAUGAAACAUUGAAUUCUACUGGAAGACUCGAUGACACAAAUAAUCAUUCUAUAGUUGAAGAAUCAACUCUCGAUGAUUCGGAGAAUGCUAUUAAUAAUAGAAUUGUUAAUAAUAGUAAUUCUGAAAGUAUAGAAAGUACUAGUUCAAACAGUACUUCUAAUUUUCCAAAAAUCAUUUCUGAUCAAAUUAUAACGAUAGAUCAAAUACCAGUUGGCUUACAAAAAAUAGUCCAAGACAAAUUAUCAAAACGUAAUAAUAAUGAAUUUAUAAAUAUUAGCAAGUCUAAUUUGAAGGAUACAUCGUUAGAUAAUACAAUUGCAAUGUCAUCCAAUGAAUCGACAAAUUUAGAAGUUAAUACAUUUAAGACUGAUUCGUUGAAUGUAGAAAAAAAUUCAACGUCACUGACUGAUAAUAUUCAAACAACGGAUAAUGUUGAUACGUCAACCGUAUGUUCGAAUAUUGCAGUAGUGAAAGAAACAGAAAUGCCAAACAGAAAAAGAAAAAGAUCUGACAAUCAUGACACUGACAACGUUAAGAAACAAUGUUUUGAAACAAUGACAAAUGAUGAAACGUUACCAUUAAUUAAAUAUAAAACAUAUUCAUCGAUUAAGAAAAAUGGUAAACGUAAAAGGGAAAGAAAAGAUUGUAAAUAUGAUACACAGAUGUCUACUGGUUUAGUUAAGAUAAAAAAUUCUCGCGUGCCUAAUAACAAAUUGCAAGAUAUUACGGAAGAAUUUUAUCAGGAUUUAAUGCAACAUAAAAACAACGAGCAUAGUAAUAAUUGUAAUGAGCAAUUUUUGUCUUCUACAAAAAGAUCUUAUUUAGAAACUAAUAAUGUAGUUACAAAUAACGAUACACGGAUUAAAAUGUUGAAGUUUAUAGAAGAUAUUACAAGAGGUGUUAAAGUUGUUGUCAAACGUAUCAACGUAAAAAAUAUUUCCAGUAUUAUAGGCAAUAGUUCCUCGUUAGCCUAUUUAAAUAAAAUGAAAUGUAGUCAACAUUAAAAAAAACAAUAGUUUUUAAUAGCAGUAUGUUCAAUAAAUGUAUUAGAGAGUGUUUUUUCUUAUAUAACAUUAAGAUUAAAUGAUACUCAAUACAAAUGUAUAUCCUGUGUUACAAUAGUUUUUUUUUUGUUUUUCUAUUUAAACACUGUUAUAAUGAAAU